AUGCAGUGUUUUCUGACUGAGAGAAGCACAAUGGAGAAGAUGUCGCGGGUCACCACAGCUCUCAGCAGCAACAGCAGCAGCAGUGGCAUCAAUGGCGUCACUAUGUUCUGCCACCUGGAUGCCCCUGCUAAUGCCAUCAGUGUGUGCCGGGACGCCACGCAGGUGGUGGUGGCCGGCCGGAACAUCUUUAAGAUCUACAGCCUUGAGGAGGAGCAGUUUGUGGAGAAACUCAAUCUCAGAGUUGGACGAAAACCCUCCUUAAACUUCAGCUGUGCUGACGUCAUGUGGCACCAGAUGGAGGAGAAUCUGCUGGCGACUGCUGCCACCAACGGUGCAGUGGUCACAUGGAAUCUCAGCAAACCAUCGCGCAACAAGCAGGACCAACUCUUCACGGAGCACAAACGCACUGUCAACAAAGUCUGCUUCCAUCCAACAGAGGUGUACAUGUUACUGAGCGGAUCUCAGGACGGAUUCAUGAAGUGCUUUGAUCUCCGGAAGAAGGAGUCUGUGAGCACCUUCUCUGGACAGUCAGAGAGCGUGAGAGACGUCCAGUUCAGUAUGAAAGACUACUUCACUUUUGCUGCUUCCUUUGAAAACGGUAACGUCCAACUCUGGGACAUCAGACGACCGGACCGAUAUGAAAGGAUGUUCACGGCUCACACUGGUCCAGUGUUCUGCUGCGACUGGCAUCCGGACGACAGAGGUUGGCUUGCGACUGGAGGGAGAGACAAGAUGGUGAAAGUGUGGGACAUGACCACGAACAGAGCCAAAGAGAUUUACUGCGUCCAGACGAUAGCUUCUGUGGCACGUGUCAAAUGGCGCCCAGAGAAGAAGUUCCACCUGGCAACCUGCUCCAUGAUGGUGGACCACAACAUCUACGUGUGGGACAUCCGCCGACCGUUCAUUCCGUUCGCCACGUUUGAAGAGCACAAAGACGUCACCACUGGCAUCGUGUGGCGCCACCUGCGGGAGCCAGACAUCCUGCUGUCGGGCUCCAAGGACAGCACGCUCUACCAGCACAUGUUCAAAGACGCCACUCGCCCUGUGGACAGGGCCAACCCCGAGGGCCUCUCCUUCGGCCUCUUUGGCGACUUGGCGUUCGCCGCGAAGGAAAGUCUGAUCAGCGGCGACUCCAGCAGGAAGCCGUACGGUGGAGGCGACCGCCGCAACCCCAUUUUCUUCUUCAAAAAGCCGGACCUGACGGAGCAGUUCGCACACGUGUCCAGCGCCCUCAGCGUCUUCGAGACCGACCUGGAAAGCAACCGCAUGGACUGGUUUGUGAAGACGGCUCAGUUAUACCUCCUCAGCGGGAAACCAUUCGCUGACCUGUGUGAUCAUAACGCAAAAGUGGCUCAAGAUCUCAAAAGGCCUCAAGUUUCCACCACUUGGACAAUGUUGCGAAUCAUGUUCUCAGACCCUGCAAACCUGACGAUGUCAGGCUGCAGCAGUUUCAGUAUGAAGGAUCUGGCUGCAGAGAGGGCACUGGAGCGAAGCAAAUGUGAAAACAGACUGGACAAUAUCCACUUGGAUCCCACCAAUUCCCACAUCACUAAUGUUAACGAAGAGAACGAGGAGACCGAAGGCAGCGAGGGUCAAGCCGAGUACAUGUUUGGUGACGCGGAGUUAGACGAUGACGACCUUUACUCCAUGGAGCACGACAACACAACAGUAGAGCAGGAGGAGUACACGCUUCCCUCUGAAGGCUUCCAGCUGCGUCACGUGAUCGUGGACCACCCCUCUGCUCCCGAGCACCUGCAGCAGGACAGGGCCGACUCUCCUCAUGUCAGCGGCAACGAGGCAGAAGUCACCUGUCUGACCCCCAUCGAGUCCUUCUCCCUUAUCUCCAUCUGCCAGCCCCUCUACAGCCCCCAGCUCACCGCCAGCUUCUUCUGCCCCAUCGUGACAGAGAUGCUGACGUUCUACGCAGAGCAGGGCGAUGUGCAGAUGGCUGUGUCCGUGCUCAUUGUUUUGGGAGAAAGAAUCAGAAAAGAGAUCGAUGAACUGACACAGGAGCACUGGUACAUGUCCUACAUAGAUCUGCUGCAGCGGUUCGAGCUGUGGAAUGUGUCCAAUGAGGUCAUUAAGUUAAGUACAUGCAGCGCCAUCACCAGCCUGAACCAGACCUCCACCACUCUGCACAUCAACUGCAGCAACUGCAAACGGCCCAUGAACAACAGAGGCUGGAUCUGUGACCGAUGCCAUCAGUGUGCCAGUGUGUGUGCCGUGUGCCACCAUGUGGUGAAGGGACUGUUCGUCUGGUGUCAGGGCUGUAGUCACGGAGGACAUCUGGAACACAUUAUGAACUGGUUGAAGGGCAGUGCCCACUGUCCAGCGGGCUGCGGACACCUGUGCGAUUGCCUCGUCGUCAGGGAGAGCCCCGUCUUCAGACCUGACCUGGAUCGGCCUAUAUUGACCUGGCUCGGCCUGGAACUGCCAAGACCCGACCAGUUUCUGGCUCGGACCGGCACCACGGCCUGCCCAAGUUGA